UUCAGGCCAUGCAAGUUAAAACCAGUUCGAGUUGCGAGUUGUGAACAUCAAACAGAACACGUGUUCGGCCUUAAAACUAAAACAAUAUAAUUCAGUUUUUUUUGGUCAUAAAGGGCUAUUUAACUCCUACAAAGUGAAGAAAAUUGUUCAGCAAUCAUGGGUAAGCUUGACGUGAAGAUGAUGAGAUAUUUAUCUCGAGAAGAUUUCCGAGUGCUUACAGCUAUUGAAAUGGGCAUGAAAAAUCACGAACUUGUCAAUUUGGCUUUGAUCGCUCAAAUAGCAAAUCUUCCUCGUGGUGGACUAAUAAAAGUUCUUCACGAAUUAGUGAAACAUGAACUAUUGUGCUUUGAACGUAACAGAAGAUACGAAGGAUAUAGACUAACUAAUAAGGGCUACGACUAUUUAGCUUUGAAAGCAUUGGCAGCAAGAGAUCUCAUAGACAGGUUUGGUACUCAAAUUGGCGUUGGAAAAGAGUCAAACAUUUACACAGUUUCUAAAAAAGAUAGCGAUGAAAUUUAUUGUUUAAAGCUUCAUAGAUUAGGUAGAACAUGUUUCAAGCAAGUCAAAAACAAACGAUACUAUCAUGAAAAAAGAAGUUACAUGUCUUGGUUAUACCUUUCAAGAGUAUCAGCUACAAAAGAAUUUUUGUACAUGACAGCUUUAUAUGAUAGAGGAUUUCCAGUUCCAAAACCUAUAGAUUAUAAUAGACAUUGUAUUAUUAUGGAACUUAUUGAGGGAGUACCUUUAUGUAAUGUAAAGGAUGUUGAAAAUAAAGACGAGCUUUACGAUGCCCUCAUGAAAAUCAUUUGUAAAUUAGCUUAUUGUGGUGUCGUUCAUGGAGACUUCAAUGAAUUUAAUAUAAUGAUCACAGAUGAUGGGAAACCAAUUAUGAUUGAUUUUCCACAAAUGAUAUCAAUUGAUAACGAAGAAGCUGAAAUGUAUUUCAACAGAGAUGUCAAAGGUGUUCGAGAUUUCUUUAGAAGAAGAUUUGAUUACGAAUCUACAAUGUAUCCAGUAUUCCAAGAGUUGAUAAAAGAAUGCAAAGCGGAAGAAAAAUUAAAUUUAAAUCUAUCCGAGGUAGAAAUUGAGGAAAAUGAGGAUAAAAAUGAUAGCAGUGAAGAAGAAUCUUGUAGUGAAAAUGAAGAAACAUCAGAAAAGUCUCAAGAAAAAGAUGGAGUGAUUGAUGAAAAAGAUUUAGAAAAAAAAAUUGGGGGCUUAAAUAUUGAUGCUACAAAUUUAAAAGAUGAAGAAGAUCAUAAUAACCAAUCAAGUGAAGAAGAUCAUAGUAAUGAAUCAAAUGAAGAAGAUAAUUCUGGUGAAGAAAUGAAUGAAAAAAUUGAAACUUCUACAAAGAAAAAGACUUCCAAACGGUAUCGUAAAAAAGUCCAACUUACUCAAGAAGAAAUCAAACAGAGAGUGAGAGGAGAUUUACAGAAGAAAAUGAGGAAAGACUUGAUCAAGAAAAACUUGAAGAAAUCAACAAUAUCAUCUAAAAUUAGAAGAGAAAAUCAAGCAGCAGCUAAUGAAAAAUCUAGUAUUUGGAUUGAUUAAAAACUUAUUUUUUAGUUUCUUUGUAACAGAACUACAAAAACAUCAUUCAUGUAAAAUUUGUAGAAUUAUUUAUAUGAUAUUUAAUAAUUAAUAAGAUACUGUAAAUUU